GAAAGGGACUGAACGGAAUCCCUGAAGGAGUGAGGCGUGAGGAAUAGUAUAUCUAACUUUCAAACCAGCCAUUCUUUUUUAAGUUCUUUUUAAGUUGGUCUACAGGUGAGCUCGCCUCUACUGCACAUUGAGACUUUCAAGCUGCAGUUUUGGAACACAGCUCGUCCAACCCUAUUAAGGAUGGCAAAUCUUAUUCUAUCACAACCCUAUGGGGAUUACAACCAUUAUGACAUUUGGAGUGCGUUGAUGGAAAGCUAUUUGUUAGCUCAAGAUCUUUGGGACAUUGUCCAACCAACCACCGAACCUCCUAAACCAGAAGAUGAUGUUAAGGCUUGGACCAAAAAAAAUGCUGCAGCUUUAUAUGCAAUUCAAAGUAGAUGCAACGAGGACAUACUCUUGGAGAUUAAGGGAAUCAGUUCCGCUAGAACUGUUUGGGAUAAAUUAGCUACAAAGUAUAGGCCAGAGUCCUCACCAGAAAUGCCAGGUCAAGGUGACUCCAAACCAGACAGCCUACGUCACCUCGUUUCACACAUCCCAGAUGACUGUCUCCCUUUCCAAAGUGACUCUUUCUCUAGCCCAACAUCAGACAGCCCACGUCACCUCAAUUCACACAUCUCAGCGGAAAACUGCUCAGCAGUAAGCGAGGUACUCCCCAAAUAUGGUCCCUUACGUGUGGCUAUCGAUAGUGGUGACUGGGAUACUGCAAGCAAUUUCCUUAGGAGUAACCAUGAUGCAAAGACAGCAAGAAUUUCAGUCAAUGGACGUAGAGUUCUUCACGUGGCUGUCUUUGCGGGACAUAUGGAAAUUGUGGAAGAGUUAGUGCAGUUAUUGUCGGUAGCAGAGUUGGGAAAAAGAGACGAUUUUGGUUUGACAGCUCUAGCCCAGGCUGUUAUUCUACAAAAUAUUCGGAUGGUAAAUUGCAUGCUUAGAAAGAACACUAACUUACUUAACAUCCGAGACAAUGAGAAUCGUAUUCCACUUAUAACGGCUCUAGAGUUUGGAAAUAUAAAAGUGGCUCGCUAUCUCUAUUCUGUCUCUCUAGAAAAUGAUCAAACAUUACGGGACAUCGAUGCUUCCACGGCUCUUACCCGGUUCAUACUUCUCAAUAAUUUUGAUGUUGCUCUGGACUUGCUCAACCGUUACCCAUGUUCUGCUAUUGCUCCAAACAUGUAUAUGAGCUCCCCUUUGGCAGCAUUGGCUUCCAAGUCUUCUGCAUUCCCCAGUGGGAACCAGCUCUCGCUCUGGGAAAAGUGGAUCUAUGCCUGUAUAUCCAUUCCAUCAACAGAUUCCACCAAUGAUAUUCAGAUAGAUAUCCACCAAAGUGAUCACGUAAAGAUGAGCGGAUCAGGAAUCAAGAAACAUUUAUAUGAAAUAAAGUUGCGUCAUCACCAAGCCAGACAACUUCUAGUUCAAAUGUGCAGUGAAGUAAGGAAAAUGGAUAGAGAUUGUGUUAAUGAAGCCAUCCUCCAAGCCGUCAAGGGAGGAGUUGUUGAAUUUAUUGAUGCGAUAGUUAAAGUAGAUGGCCGGCUUCUCUAUUCCACUGAUGCAGAGGGAAGAAACUUAUUUUUUUAUGCUGUCCUACAUCGCCAAGCUAAAAUAUUUAGCUUUAUACACCGACUUGAUGUGAAGAGUACUUUAAUUACAAAUGCUCUGGAUAGCUCAAGUAACACUAUCUUGCACAUGGUAGCGAUGUUAGAACAUUCCACUGAACGUGAUCGCAUUACAGGUGCUGCUUUGAAAAUGCAGAGCGAACUUCGAUGGUUUAAGGAUGUGGAGAAAGUUUGCCUUCCUUGGAUUCACGAUAUUCGAAAUAAGACAAAUAUGACAGCCAAAGAACUUUUUAUCCAUAACCACAAGGACAUGUUGAAGGAAGGAGAGAAAUGGAUGAAGGCCACCGCAACUUCUUGUAUGGUGGUAGGAGCUCUGAUUAUUACCAUUAUGUUCACUGCAGCAUUUACUGUUCCAGGUGGUAACAAUCAAAAUACAGGAUUUCUAACAUUCUCAGAUAAAAAGUUAUUUACGGCUUUUAUCAUAUUUGAUGCAUUAUCACUUUUUUCUGCAUCAACUUCAGUAUUGAUCUUUUUGGGAAUGGUUACAUCGCGCUAUGCAGAAGACGAUUUUUCACGAUCCUUGCCUCUUAAGAUGAUAAUAGGACAUUACACUCUUUUCUUCUCUAUUGCAACUAUGAUGGUUGCCUUCUGCUCUGGUCUUUUCCUUAUGGUACCCAAAAAAUUAUGGAUGGUCAUUCCUGUCAUUUGCCUUGCUAGUGUUACAGUCAUCCAAUUUGCUUCUAUGCUAUUUCCCCUUCUUGUCUACAUGUUGAAGCAAAUCUCAACAUAUCGACUAGGUAGGAGGCAUCUUCAUCGUUUGUUUUAAGCAAUUUAUUUUUAGAUUUGAUGCAGACGUGUUGUUUAAUAUUUUGGGUUACUAAAGACAAUAUGAAUUUACAAUGAACAAUUGGUGAUGAUUCAGUUUGUGAUGUAUUAAGCAGUUGGGUCU